AUGGCUGUGUUCACACUACAAGCAUUAGAGCUCUCUCCAGGAGAUGCUGCAGCCACUCUUUGCCCUGGGAAUAACCGCAUGGAAAAAAAGCAAAGCUUUAAGAUGAAUAUCAAUUUCCGACCACAGGCUGAGCCUCAACUGAACUACAAAGGAACCCUAAAGCAAAGGUCAAAUGACCCCAUGCAAGGGACAAGAACUUACUUUGUUUGUAGACACUCCCCACAUCCCAAAACAGUAUGUCACAUUAAAGGAUUAAAUGAUGCACCUAUCUGUGUUGUACGGGACCAAGCAUACAAUGAAGGCCAUUUCAUCAUCCCAAGCCCAGAACACAGUCAGCUUUACAGGCAUGUUGGAACUGCCACAGAUAAGACUUUCCCCAGUAAUGCUCUGCCAAGCCUGAUCCCAGGGACAACCAGGGCAAAUCUUCCACAUCUUAAUAAAGAUGAAUUUGCAGAGCUAAGAAAACAAGCAGGAAACACUCCUCUCUUAAAGAAAAAGGAUGACCCUUUGCGGAAAUACUUAGGAGACCAUCCAAAAAGUAAGACUUACCAGGACCUCCAGCUUUUCCCUUAUCAGGGAAUGCAUCACAAACCAGACAUCAGGGAAGAUAUUAAUUAUACCCCAAACUAUCUGGAUCAGGAAAUAAAAGUCCUAGAAAAACUCUGUGACAUUUUACAGACAGAUACUCUUGCAGAGAUCCAGAAGUGGAUAUCAAAGGCAAGUGUGAAAGAGAAGGAGUUUGUAUCCAAUUUCAUACGCUCAGAUAUGACCAGCCGAGAUCUGUUGAAUUAUAAGCCAACGCCACAGAUUGAAAGUGAAGCUCCAAACAUUCAGGCUUUGCUGAGGGCUCAGAAAGGAAUACUUAACGAAGGCCACCGGCUCAGGACUUCAAGCCAAGAAUCACUAGCCAGUAAAGGAUCAAGACCAGAAUUUUGA